AGCACCGGGUCUGGGCUGACUUUGAAGAGGAAAAACACGAUACACUCAACUCCCCUGCUUUAGCUGCAAAGAGGAAAACAUCAGAGCUAGUCCCAAAAAACCCAAAGCCCUUCAAGUACCGCUUGGGAAUCUUUUCCUCAAGAACCAGCGGCCUCCCGCUCCCCGCUCCUCACCAGCCCUGUUGUGGGGAGCAAGGACGGGUUUGCAGUCUGGGGACUAGAAUGCCCUCUGCCUGUGCCAGCACAGAAGGGUGCUGCUAGCAUUUGCGGAAACAGGCUCGAUUCAUCAGGGAGUUCGGCGGGGAAGGCGCUUGUCAUUGGCUGUGUCUGCACCUCAAGGAUAACGUUUCUGUCCCUUCGAUUGGCCGCGUCACGCUGCAGAUUCUAAGCGUCUGGUUUGAUGAUGAAUAUGAGAGCGCGCUGAGCCGGCUGGAGCGGGGUCCCAGGCUGCGCUCAGUCCCGGCCCGAGGACUCGCCGCUUCCUCCGCCCCUGCCCGGGCGACAGCCCCCAAAAGUUGUGAUGCUUUUCCUCGCCCAGUGCUUCGGGGCUGUGUUCGAUCUCAUCCACCUCCGCUUCCAGCACUACAAGGCGAGGCGGGUCUUCUCCGCGGCCGGGCAGCUCGUCUGUGUCGUCAGCCCCACGCACAACCUCAAGUAUGUGUCCAGUCGGCGCGCCGUCACUCAGAGCGCUCCAGAGCAAGGUGGCUUCCACCCUCACCAUCUCAGCCACCACCACUGCCACCACCGUCACCACCACCACCUCCGCCACCAUGCCCACCCCCACCACCUCCACCACCAGGAGGCGGGGCUGCACACCGCCCCGGUGACGCCCUGCCUGUGCCCCCUGUUCUCCUGCCAGUGGGAAGGCUGCCUGGAGGUGGUGGUGCCCCACCUGCGGCAGAUCCACAGCGUUGACAUCCUCCAGGGAGCCGAGAUCGUCUUCCUGGCCACGGACAUGCACCUGCCCGCGCCGGCUGAUUGGAUCAUCAUGCACUCCUGCCUCGGCCACCACUUUCUGUUGGUGCUGAGGAAACAGGAGAGGCACGAAGGGCACCCCCAGUUCUUUGCCACCAUGAUGCUGAUCGGGACCCCCACCCAGGCCGACUGCUUCACCUACCGCCUGGAGCUCAACAGAAACCAUCGGCGUCUGAAGUGGGAGGCCACGCCUCGGUCUGUCCUCGAGUGCGUGGACUCGGUGAUCACGGACGGGGACUGCCUCGUCCUCAACACCUCGCUGGCACAGCUCUUCUCUGACAACGGCAGCCUUGCCAUCGGGAUUGCCAUCACCGCGACAGAUGUGCGCCCCUCGGAAGCUGAAAUGUGAGGCCGGGAGCCCUGGAUGCUCCCCACGCAGCCUCCCUGGGAAACGCCUCGGACCUCCCGGCGCCGGGACUCCGGACCCCUUUUUAUUCUUCUCCUCCCUUUAAUUUUUAUUUAUUUAUUUUUGUCUCAGGUAUUUUGUGGGAUUUAGUCUUUGUCGGCCAUGGGCAUUGUAUUAUGUAAACAUCCUGUAAUUCAAUCUUGGCGUGGCGUUUGUCCUGCAUUGCUGGCGCUGUUUUAUAGAACAUUUCUAAGAUUUAGUCAGAAUAGUUUUUUCCCGUCACCUCCAAUUCCUUUCUCUGCUGCUUUCGAAGGGGAUCAAAACACCAUGAAGCAGACUGUUGGGGCGGAGAGGAGGCUUAGUAUGAGAAUCAUUUCUUGUUUCUCUUUUCAGUCUAUUUCAGAGCAAGCUGAAUUGAACGUGUGUACUCAGCAGGUUGGGGAAGGGGCCCUGUUCAGAGAUGGAUCACAUUUCAGACCAGCCAGACACGACUCUGACACCUUCCCAGGAACCUCAAGGUCAAAGCUGGGCUAGCCAGGCAUGAGGAGAUGGUGUCUCCUCCACAGGGCUGGAGGCUGGAUUAGAGGUGUCAUCUUGUGCUGAGCGCUCAGGUUGUCGCUGGGGCUCAGGAGUGACCAGAGGCCCACCUUCCUGUGAUGGGCUCCUGUCACCUUGUUCCCAGGCUGUGCCAUCUUUUCUUGCUCUGGAAUCAAAGUCCUCAGAUCUUUGGUGCUUUCUUAAAAACCCCUUUGCUUCUGUUGAGCAAAUAGCAGAAAAGAAUAGGCACGAUGGGGAAUGGGGAGGAAAAGCAACAGGGAAAAGAGAACAUAAAAUUAAUCUCCCAUCUCUGGGAGGGCACUCCCUCCAUGGAGAGUUUUAUUAUCAAGUUAUAAAACCCAUCAGUCCCUCCGGAGGGUGCAGCUUUUUCAUCUCAUGCAAAAAGCAGAACCAGGACUCAGCGUCAAGGGCAAGAACUCAGAGGGCUGCACCGGGACCUCUGACCUGGCGGGCUGGCCAUCGCUGACACAUCUGGGCGUGGCUGACAGCCGUGACCGUGGAUCCAGUAUGCAUUCGGCACCCUGACGCAGCGUGAACAAAACAGCCACAGAAAUCCAUAUGGCCUCCGCGCAGGCUGCUCUCACUGAUUUCGUUGGCAGAACAGUUCAUCGACAUCUUCCUGUAGACGUGUCUCGUGUUUCUGAAGAAAGUCAGCACGUUCAGUCAACUUUGUCUUUUCUGUCCUAAGGUGGACACCUUUAAGCCUUCCCAGGAGGACCUCUUCUAGCUCCUUUUUGUCGCAUUUGUCCCUCCCUCUGGCUGCUCUCCAGACACUGCAGAGGCCAGGCACCCCAUCCCCAGCGCAUCCUCAUGAGAGCCCACUCUCUGCACGCGUUCCUGCACUUCACCCUCUGGGCUGGGUCCUGGCGGGCCUCCAAAUGACUACUUAGUUUCAGGCAGAUUGCCCUGGCUGGCCAUCCGCAGUCUUUUCUCCACCAAAAAUAAUUGGUCCCGAAACACAACACCCUCCCCCUCAACAACUGGGUCAAUUCUCCAGCCACUUUUGUGGCCAACCUGCAGCCCACACACCAGAAGGGAGGUGCCAGUUGAUGGAAGGUUAAAUAACAGAGGGUCACAGUAAUCGCUGGGCCCCUGGGGCGGACACUGCAUUCCAUCAGAGCCCUGAGGGAGGCAAAAAUGUCACCACAGAUGGAGGCACCUGUCCGAUGCUGCAGUCUCAAGGAAAGGGUCGGGGCCUGCUUGUUCUUUGAGCUCUCAGACGCCCCGCCAGGGCACCAGCCACCUGCCCCCCACCCCCACUCCAAUCACACAGGUGCCCAAGAACGCCUGAGGCUGGUGGGUCUGCGCUUGGAGAGACUGGCUGUCUUCGCCCCUCCCUGUACCCCCAACCCCCUUCCCAGAACCUAAGACACACCUGGCUCCAAGUCCGAUGUCUUUAGAAGCCACAGGUCCUCUCCUUUGAAACCAUUUGUGUAGCAUCACAGGUGCUCCAAACCAACAAACAAAACCUCACUAACUAACAUUCACAGGUCCUGUAACUAAUAUUCACAGGACCUUAGGGCUCCUGCUGACAUCACCUUUGCCUUCUGGCUGUGCCAAGUCACCUGAGCCACCCUGGGACUGACUUCAGGUUAUUUUCACUGCACACAAGACUGUACUAUGAAUAAGUGAUCCUAGAUGGGAGUUUUUAUGUUGGUUCCUAGAAACCUUUAGGAGAAAGCAUGGGAAACAUAUUAUCUCCCAUCGUCGGUGCUCCCCAAAAGGCCUUUCCAUAUCUACGUGUGAAGAACUGGAGAAAAAGGCGCAAACUAACAAGCAAGAAUUGGGAAUAGAAAAUGGUAACAACUGUGUGUAUUUGAACUUCAUAGUUCCUGAAGGGCUCUUUCAUUUGAGUCUCAGGUUAAUCCUGAAUAAACUAAAAGAAUAGAGGUUCUAAGACAUUAAAUAACCUUUUCAAGGUCGCACAUCUGGUGGUUAGACCACAACCAACCCAGAGCAACCGACUGCACCCUUGGUGUGCUCGAAGUAAGACUCACCCGAAAUACUCAGCAGUCUUGCCAGCUCACCAGUGGACUGAGGACUUGAGAAUCAACUGAGUCUCGGUCCUGGGUGAGGAGAGGGAGCAGGGAAAGACUAGAGUGGAUUUGCCUUGAGAAGCAUCUCUGCUUUAAGAACUAGGCUGGGUACAGUGGCUCAUGUCCACAAUCCCAGCACUUUGGGAGGCUGAAGUAGGAGGAUUGCUUGAGCUCAGGACUUUGAGAUCAGCCUGGGCAAUAUAGUGAGACUUCAUUUCUACAAAAAAAUAAAAGUAAAAAAUCAGCUGGGUUUGGUGACACAAGUCUGUAGUCCGGAGGCCAAGGCAGGAGGAUGGCUCGAGCCCAGAGGUGGAGGCCACAGUGAGCUGCGAUUACACCACUUGUAACUCCAGCCUCAGCAUCACAGUGAAACCCUCUCUCUUUAGAUUAAAAAAAAAAAAAAAAACACUAGUCCACCUGGAAGCAGGGGGCCAGGAAGUGGUUGGGGUGCAUGCAGGGGCUUCAGUGCACCCUGCCUUUCGGAAUCCCUUUGCCCACACCCAGGUCUCAUCUCAGAGUCCCAGUGGGAUCAGGUUGCCUCAUGCAACCGAGGGGCUAGAGUUAAUGACUCACUCUCUAAGGAGAAAUUGUUUUUUAAAAGAAGGCCUAGAGAGACAGCAGCACUUCGCAGCGAAAAAUGAGAUACCAGAAUCUGAACCUCAGGCAUCUGCCAGGGGGCUUUUCAGGAGGUGUGGAGAGAGGAGCAUUCCUCCCCUCGAGGCUGAGCCUACAUACAUGGUUGACGCUGAAAUGGAGGUCAGGAAGAUUGUCUUUCACAAUCGGUAUCUGCAUGAAUCUGUGCCCGCUAUACCCCAUAUACCCCAUCACUGGCCGUGGCUACUGUGGACACUGUAGGAACGGAUCAGCAUAGUCAUCACAGUAGUACCCAUGGCUACCACUCAUUGAGGCUUUUCUACAUGACCCAGUAGGCUAUGUACUUGGAAUAUAAUAUCUCAUGUAAUCCCAUAACAACCUCAGCAAGCAGGUGCUCUUUAAUGUACGGGCGGGAAAGGUACGGGAACAGAAGUUAGCCAACUUAAGGUCAUGCCGCUACCAAAUGGCAGAGCUGGGCCUGGGACCCGGCACGUAUGGCUUCUGACCAACAGCAGCCGUGUCGUUUCUAUGAACAUAUGGACCCAAGGCUCACGAGGACCAAGGCAUGAAGUGUGAAUGGCACAGAGGCCUUUUGGCUCCCCUUUUCUCCAUCUUUCUUCAGCCUAAGACCUAGUGGAGAAUUGGAGCUGGCUUGCAUUCUGGUUGGUAAUCUUUCAGAAAUUUUGCAAGCUGAUUAUUAAGUACAGCCAGAAUUAAAAAUGAUACACAUUUACAAUUAAAUGGAUUAUGUUUGAAGCAAAGGUCUCAGGUACCUAAAGCUCAUCCCUUCCUCGUUAGCUCACUACUCUUGUUUUCUGUGUUUCUGGGUAAUUUGCAUCCAUCGUAUCUGUGCGAUGAGCAUUUAUCUAACGAUGUGCUGCCCUGCACCUUCCAGCUCCACAUUUAGUGAGGUCGUGCUGACUGCCCGAAAUUAGCCACGGUGGGAGUAUUUACACCACGGAAAUUAGCAAAUGCUACUAGACGGGGAUUUUUCUCCCUAGAAAGCCUGUCGUUAAGCAUUUACCAGUAUGGUCAUUCCUCAGUAUCCUUGGGGAACUGGUUCCAGGAAUCUUGGGGACACCAGAAGCUGAAGAUGCUCAAGUCCCUUUUGUAAAAUGGACAAGUAUUUGCAUCUAACCUACGCAACCCUCCGGUAUAUUUAAAUCACCUCUAGAGUCCUAUUACACCGGAUACAAUGUAAAUGCUACGUCACAGUCAUUAUACUGGAUUAUUUCUUACUGUUGUUUUUGAUUCCCAGUUGAUGGAAUCCACGGGUCUGGAACCCAUGGAUACAGAAGGUUGACUUAACACCACCACCUAGACAUUGCUGAUGCACACAGCAGGGUGGAAGAGGGGACUUUGGAAGGAGAAGCAAGGUCCCGGAGGCCGUGCUGACAAAGGCAUAAGUGACAGCCAAGCCAGCAGAACAGCAUAUUGUUGGGAAAACAGGGACUCUUCUGGAGAAGAGACUCCAAGGCUCAAGCAGUGACAAGAGCAUUUUCUGCCAAAGAGCACCCUCCGCUCUCCACUAGACACUUCCCUAUUAAAGAGCACCCUCCGCUCUCCCCCGGACACUUCCCUAUUAAAGAGCACCCUCCGCUCUCCCCCGGACACUUCCCUAUUAAGGAGCACCCUCCACUAUCCCCUGGACACUUCCCUAUUAAAGAGCACCCUCCACUCUCCACUAGACACUUCCCUAUUAAAGAGCACCCUCCGCUCUCCCCCGGACACUUCCCUAUUAAAGAGCACCCUCCACUCUCCACUAGACACGUCCCUAUUAAAGAGCACCCUCCGCUCUCCCCCGGACACUUCCCUAUUAAAGAGCACCCUCCACUCUCCACUAGACACUUCCCUAUUAAAGAGCACCCUCCACUCUCCACUAGACACUUCCCUAUUAAAGAGCACCCUCCACUCUCCCUGGACACUUCCCUAUUAAAGAGCACCCUCCACUCUCCCUGGACACUUCCCUAUUAAAGAGCACCCUCCGCUCUCCACUAGACACUUCCCUAUUAAAGAGCACCCUCCACUCUCCACUAGACACUUCCCUAUUAAAGAGCACCCUCCACUCUCCACUAGACACUUCCCUAUUAAAGAGCACCCUCCGCUCUCCACUAGACACUUCCCUAUUAAAGAGCACCCUCCACUCUCCCUGGACACUUCCCUAUUAAAGAGCACCCUCCGCUCUCCACUAGACACUUCCCUAUUAAAGAGCACCCUCCACUCUCCCUGGACACUUCCCUAUUAAAGAGCACCCUCCACUCUCCACUAGACACUUCCCUAUUAAAGAGCACCCUCCACUCUCCCUGGACACUUCCCUAUUAAAGAGCACCCUCCACUCUCCCUGGACACUUCCCUAUUAAAGAGCACCCUCCGCUCUCCACUAGACACUUCCCUAUUAAAGAGCACCCUCCACUCUCCACUAGACACUUCCCUAUUAAAGAGCACCCUCCACUCUCCACUAGACACUUCCCUAUUAAAGAGCACCCUCCGCUCUCCACUAGACACUUCCCUAUUAAAGAGCACCCUCCACUCUCCCUGGACACUUCCCUAUUAAAGAGCACCCUCCGCUCUCCACUAGACACUUCCCUAUUAAAGAGCACCCUCCGCUCUCCACUAGACACGUCCCUAUUAAAGAGCACCCUCCACUCUCCACUAGACACUUCCCUAUUAAAGAGCACCCUCCACUCUCCACUAGACACUUCCCUAUUAAAGAGCACCCUCCGCUCUCCACUAGACACUUCCCUAUUAAAGAGCACCCUCCACUCUCCCUGGACACUUCCCUAUUAAAGAGCACCCUCCGCUCUCCACUAGACACUUCCCUAUUAAAGAGCACCCUCCGCUCUCCACUAGACACUUCCCUAUUAAAGAGCACCCUCCACUCUCCCUGGACAAUUCCCUAUUAAAGAGCACCCUCCACUCUCCACUAGACACACUUCCCUAUUAAAGAGCACCCUCUGCUCUCCCUAGACACUUACCUAUUGCAUUAGUGUGGAAAGUUCUCUUUGGUGGCUUUCAUGGAAAAAUUCAACUCCAGAAACUCAGCCUAUCGGGUAUCCCAAUCCAAAAAUCAAAACCAGCUCUAUAAAGCUCAAAUUUCCUGUUACUUGUUCCUACAGGUCACCCUCCCUACCUCUUUCUUACAUGCUGGGCAAAAUCUAAUCUAAAGAAAUGUUUUACUUUGAAAUUAGAAAUUGUAAAUAUCCACCAUCCACAGCAAGUGGUGGUGUCAAACACCACGUGAGAUGCAUUACCACCAAAGUGGGACCCUCUAGAGCCGAAGCUGAGAGACAGAACACACAGGAGCCGAGGAAUGUCACAGGAGGAACAGGGCCCAGGGCUUCACUUUCCUACUUGUACACUUCACUUUACUGCAACCCGACAAGGACCCUGUUCAGAAUCCAUAGCCUACCCAGACCAACACUCUUUCUAAAUCCAGGGCCCAGUUUCCACUAGGUCAAGAGUCACUGGAAAUGCCCAGCUAAGUGCCUCAAAGCAGGCAGAACCUUCAAGGUCAACAGUGCAUCCGUUACUCCAGUUCCAGUGGUUUCACUGGAAGGGAUGGGAGAAGGGAGGGUUGCUGAAGCUUCUUCUCGGAUGCAGUUCUAAGGGAAAGGGGAAGAGAUCAUGGGUGGGACCCCAAAGAGUUAGACCUUGAUUAAGUUUCCACUGCAAAGAGCAUCAUGCGUGGAGUCACCUAGUCAGAUCGUUAAAUUUCAGAUUGUUUUGUUCGUAAGAUUUUCUUUAAGAGCUGAUGAGCUCCCCAUUGAGUUUGCCUGGAAAAUACCCAGCUGAAGACCGACUUCACUGAAAAGUGAUCCCAGAGGUCUAGUGUAGAUAAACAUGAAUUUCCCCAAAUCAGGUUAUCACAUGAGCUACCCACCUGGGUUAGAAUUUGUCUUUUUCAAUAUUUUCUGACAGUAUUUCACCUUGAGUACUAUACUAUAAAUACUCCUCAACCCCUUUCAGCCUUUUUUAGGGUAUUGAGAUAAGAAAGAGAAAGGAAACUGAGAAGCAUUUUACUCGGCCUGAAUUAGUGUAUAUAUAGUUUUCUACGCUUUCUUACAACGUUACAGACAAUACCUUGAACCAGCUUGGACUGCUACUUCACCUCUGCCCUGCGUCUCAUAAAGAAAGUCAUUAAAUUGCAUUUGAUACUGUU